AUGGAACAGUACCCUGAGCAAUACCCGGAUUACUCUUCGUUCGAAGAUGUCAGCUUUGAUUUCGACUCGGACCGUAAGGUGCCGCUAGAUCUCCGCCUCCCAGAAACAAAACCGGAACCUUCGCCUCUCGUCACGAUAGACGAAGUGCAACUGGUCCCUAAGCGCAGCUUCUGGGGCCACUGUCGCCCGAUAUGGCUCCCACUGACUGCGUGGCUCGCCAGCGCGCUGUUCACAGUUCUUUACUCACUAUUCAUCCACAAGGUUCUCAUCAGGAGGGACCCCAAGAUCGGCGUCCUCGUGUUUGAGGCGUCAGUCACCAACUUGUUGCUCUCGAUCUUUUCUCAGCUCUAUGCCAUGGUUCUGUGCUUCAUGCUUAGUCCGGCGACCGACUGGUUCUCGGUGCUCAAGUUUAUUCUCGACAGUAGGCUCAGGAACACUUGGGGCAUAUUCAGACUUGCUCUGCCAUUCAUGGGCCUUGGCUUUGGUUCCGUUCUCAAAUUUCAAAACAGUUUCCAGCACCAUUUCAUUCAGGAUGGACCUAGCGUUGCUGUCUACGCUGGCACCAUUCCGCCGGAUGUCAGCGUGCUCGACAAUAUCCCCGCAUCGUACAUGGCGGGGUUCUUCGACACAUGGGCCCAGCAGCUCAUGAACUAUCCCCGAUACUCAACAGCAUGGUCGAUGGAAGGCUGUGAAGGAAACUGUUCCGCCAUCUUCCUCCCCGGCGGCAUGGAGAUUGCUCGUAAGGUUGUGCCGUUGAUGAACUCGACCAUCCUCCAAGGAGGCACCUUCAACGACGUCGACUCCAUCAGCAUCAUGCGAGCACCGGGCCUCGCAGCCCGCUUUGAUCCACUGCCUGCCGACUUCCGCUUCGAUAUUGAGAAAGAGUGCGCUGUAUACCUCACGCCUGCAGGCAUGAGCGAUGGCCUGCAGAUGUGUAUCAGACAGGUCGGCGACUCUCUCGCCGCAGUCUACCGCCAGAACGCGACGACGACCUACGAUCGCAGCGACCUCUCAAUCAAACACGUCACGCCGACAUCCGAGCAGGUCCUGCAGCCCAUGUCGGCGCCCGAAGCCCUGCGGAUCUGGCGACACAUCUUCAUCCCUACCGCAGAGGCAGACCUCAUCGACCGCCAGUCGAUCAACGUAACGAUUCAUCGCCUUGCGUGGAAAUAUCGCACCUAUACCGAGUUCUUUCCCGAUCAUGACGUGCCUGUCGAGCAGCUGCGUAACUUCCUCGCCGUGCCGCUGCAGUUUGGCAUCACGGCGCUGCAGUAUGCCAAUUAUACCAUGGCGCUGCCGCCAGAGAAGCGGGCGUUCCCGCCUGAACUAUUGACGGUGGCGACGGGAGGCCGGUCCAUCAUGAAAUUUGUUGGACCGCUGUGGACGGCGUGGGUGUUUAUCGUUUCGGGGGUGCUCGUCACCGUCCUGUCUGGCUGUGGGUUCUGGUACAUCUUGGUGCAGGCGCACCCUGUGCCACGUCCAUCCGGCAUUCUGGAGGUCGACUUCGCCGUCAAGCUCGAAGAUGUCAAGGCAAGAAAUGGCGAGAGCAGUGUUGGAAGCUUCUCAGAGGUGGCAGAGGAGAUGCACUCAAGAGAGGACUACUCGGCGUGGUCGAUCAUUAAGUCGUUGAGGGAUAAGAGGAUAACCAUGACGCCUCAAGCAUCAAAUGAUGAUGCCAUAGCAGAAGGGAGGUACAUUCCCGUGUUGCAGGUGCUGCCGUCGGGCUCGGGUGGCUCUGCGAGUGCGCCCCGAGAGGUGGGUGACUAG